AUGGAUCGCUUUGUCGAGCACUUCAAACUCAACGUUGAGAUCUUCGGGGACUGUACGCGGGAAACAUGGUAUCAUUCUGACCCCGGAAACGGCAUACGGCGCCAAAAAGUCAUCGAGGAAUGGAGGAGACACGAGCGAAUAGGUGCAGGUGCAGGAGGGGAGGUGUUUGAAGUGCGCAGCAAUUUGGGGAAUGUCCGAGCAAUCAAAGCCAUCAGAAAGCCCGAAAAUAGUGACCUUUCAAGUUAUAUAAAGGAGCUGGUGGCCAUGGGACAGCUGUCAAAGGAUAACGACCUCUUCGUGGAAUUAUACGGAUGGUACGAAUCUGAUCAAUUCCUAUACCUGGCUAUGGAAUAUCUUGAACUGGGUCAUAUUGGAAUGUGUUAUCCGGACUGCAUGUCAGAAUUGGACGUUCGAAUCGUCGCAAAGCAACUCCUCGAAGGUGUCGCAAAAAUGCAUGAAAAGGGCAUCAUUCAUCGUGACAUAAAACCACAGAACAUACUCGUCUUUCAAAAGGAUCCAAUUUGGAUAAAAAUUGGGGACUUUGGAUCCAGUAAAGUUAUUCAAAAGAAUGAAUCCGGACCCAACAGUCUUGUUGGCACUGAGAACUUUGCCGCACCUGAAAUCCUACAACUCCUGGAUAACGCACCAGAAACAUCUGAGUAUACCAAUGCGGUCGAUCUAUGGUCUGUCGGUUGUGUGUUAUAUUAUCUCCUUUCUCGAAACCUGCCAUUUCCUAGCGUCAAGCUGCUCUAUGAAUACUGCAGAGUCAAAAUGCGCCGGUUCCCAGAUUACCACCUGCGAGACAAAAAUGUAAGCUCCAGUGGCAUAUCUUUCAUCAGAAAUCUGAUGGCUCGCGAGCCUUCAGAACGAAUGUCUGCCUCUACUGCAUUGGUAACUGCGUGGGUCGCUGACGAGACGACCUUUCCACAAAGACACGCCAUAGCGUCUGACAUCCCCGCUUGGCAAGGAGACAACGAGGCAUUGUUCAAUAUGGGAACAGGGGCGCAAUUCGAACAACUGCAAAGCCCCUCGCACCAGCAGACCAUUUCAAUCAGUACACCCCAGAACAUCUCCGAGGAUCGUUCGGCAGGCCCAUCACUACUCUACUACUACAGUCGCCCAAUAGUCCCACGAGCAGAACGCAUCACCUCCGAUCGCCCGACAUUUACAUUACCACAUCACAACCGUUACUACUACUACAAUCGUCCACCCGCGGAGCACAACUCCAUUGGCCGCCCAACAGUAAGAGACCACGGGCGAGAUAGGACGGUCGUCAUAGCGGACGCGAUGUACCGUCAAUCUUUCCAACAAGAAGACCCUACGUCUACCUUGGAUUAUCCUUAUCAUGAGGCUGACUGGGAAGUACUCUCGCGUGAUAAUUCUGAGCGGUGGAGAAAUCCAACAAAGCGCUCACGAAAGAAGGACUUGGGAGCGGAUGCAAACAACCAUCGAGACGUAGAGUUGCCGAGGCAUGUCGCGUCUGGUGGUGACGAUAGUAUGGUUAAUCAUCCCCUCUCUCGUGAUAAUAUAUCGAUGGGCCAUGGUCCACACGACUUCCAGUUUUUAGCUUGGCUAUAUGGUGAUAAGAGUGUGUCGAGAAGCUUCAAUUCAUAG